AUGCAAGUUAUUUUCAAGGAUUUCAAGAAGGAAAAGAUUCCAAUCGAAUUGGAAUUAACGGAUUCGGUUCUCGCGGCGAAAGAAAAACUCGCGGCCAUCAAGGAAUGCGAGGCGGCACAGUUGAAGUUUGUAUACUCCGGUAAGGUGCUUCAGGACGACAAAACCUUGGAGGACUCCAAGAUAAAGGAGGGUGACCAGGUCAUCUUCAUGCUUUCCAAGGCCAAGAAGACCCCUACCCCUGCCCCACAAGCUGAGACCCCACUUGCUGUUCCGGUGGCUGCUCCGGUAGCUGCUCCGGUAGAAACCGCCGCGGAGGCCGCUCCUGCCGAGGACUUUACCGAAUCCACCUUUGCCACGGGAAAUUCCAGAGAAACUGCCAUCCAGAACAUCAUGGGCAUGGGUUUCGACAGACCACAGGUCGAAGCGGCCUUGAGAGCCGCUUUCAACAACCCAGACCGUGCCGUGGAGUACCUUUUGACCGGGAUCCCGGAGUCUUUACAGCACAGAACCGCCCCAGAGGCGCCUGUGGCCGAGAGCACCGAGGCAGACGUGAGCAUGGAAGAGACCGCUGUCUCUCCAGCUAACUCCGGCAACUUGUUUGACGCUGCUGCUGCGGCCGCCGCGGCCGAGGGCCAAACCGCCGGCGCUGGUGGGCUUGGGGCGCUUCCGUUGGAAGGCCAGAUGGACGAGAUCCGUGCUGCCAUCCAGGAAAACCCGGAGAUGUUGGCCGGGAUCUUGGAGCAGAUUGCCGCCUCCAACCCAGAAUUGGCGGAGGUCAUCCAGGCCAACCCAGAACAAUUCAUCAGAUACCUCAUGGAGCACGGCUUGGGCGAGGAGGGUGAGGGCGACUUUGGCGAUGCUGAGGGCCAGGUUCAGAUUGAGUUGUCCCAGGAAGAGGCCGAUGCCGUCAACAGAUUGUGCGAGAUGGGCUUCGAAAGGGGGCUUGUGUUGCAGAUCUAUGUUGCUUGCGAUAAGAACGAGGAGAUGGCCGCCAAUAUGUUGUUGAGUGAAUCGUUCGACGAUUAG